AUGGUUCAAGUCAGAGGAAAAGAAGAUCUCUGGAACUCCAUCAUAAGUGGUGCCUUAACGGGAUCCAUCCUGGCAGCUAGAAAUGGACUGAUGGCCAUGAUCGGGUCAGCAGCAAUGGGAGGCAUUCUCCUAGCUUUAAUUGAAGGAGCUGGUACCUUGUUGACAAGAUUUGCUUCUACAGAGUUUCCCAAUGGUCCUCAGUUUGCUGAAGACCACUCCCAGUUGCCUUUAAGCCAGGUGCUGUCCUCACCUUUUGGAGACUAUUGA